AUGAAACGAUUAAUUACAGAAACUCUUACUCGUUUGCAAGCGAUAACUCAAAUCGAUCACGAAUCAUUGGAAAAUGGGGAGGACAUUACAAGAGCGACUCGAUCUGAUAAUGUGAAACAAGACAUGAAAAUUAAAAAAGCUUGGCAAUUGUACAAUACUAAUGCAUUGGAUAUUCCACAUUUUUUGGCCUGUGCCAGCAAUAUCUUAAAGGCUUUUCGUGGUCAUUUAAUUGAUAAUGCUGAAUAUGAUAAAUUGGAUCAGAAUAAUGGAGCAGAUGUUGACGCCUACCAUAUUCACGACGAUUAUGACAAUAUCUUAAUAUUUUUAGAGAUGGACAUUAUGGAAAUACAGUAACUAACUGAUUAUUAUAUGCAAUUAUAAUAGAUGA